GUGGCUCCUCAUACUGUUGCUUUCAUUCCACUGUGCAUUUAUUGUUGUGCUGUACAUACUGCUCGCUGGUCGUGUGUCAUCAUGUUUACUACACUUGCAAGUCUUGUUUCCUUGGCCGGCGUCGUCUCUGCUGUAGGACAGAACGUCGUAUAUUGGGGUCAGAAUGGCGGUGGUACUAUCGAGAACAAUGAUCUCUCGACGUAUUGCACUUCCACAUCCGGCAUAGACAUUCUGGUGCUGGCCUUCCUGUAUGAGUUUGGGAUCUCCACUGGUGAUAUCCCUUCAGGCACGAUUGGACAGAGCUGUUUCAUCUCCUCGUCCAACGGCGAGGGCCAGGACUGCGAUGCUCUCGCAGCGGCAAUCUCCACGUGCCAGGAUGCUGGUGUCACGAUCAUCUUGUCCAUUGGAGGUGCCUCCGGCUCAUACUCGCUUGAGAACGAUGCCCAAGCGGAAGUGAUUGGGCAGUAUCUCUGGGACUCGUAUGGAAACUCUGGAAACACCACAGUCGAGCGGCCGUUCGGUGAUGUCUUCGUCAAUGGGUUCGACUUUGAUAUUGAACUUAACGAUGGGUAUUCGCAAUACUACCCUGCUAUGAUCUCGACGCUCCGGGCCAACUUUGAAACCGAUCCCGACAAUACCUAUUAUAUCACCGGAGCGCCACAAUGUCCAAUUCCGGAACCGAACAUGGGAGUCAUCAUCGGCAACGCCACCUUCGACUACCUCUGGGUGCAGUGGUACAAUAACAAUAACUAUAGCGCCGACCCUUGCGCACUACCAUUCAAUGGAAACGCACCCUUCAACUACGACGACUGGGUUAGCUACACGGCCACAACACCCUCUGCUGACGCUGAAAUCUUCAUCGGCGUCCCAGCUGCCCCUCUCGCCGCCAACGGAGGCACCGCCGGCGAGACGUACUAUAUCACGCCCGACCAGCUCGCCGAGCUCAUCGACGAGUAUGAGGACGCAACCCGCUUCGGCGGCAUCAUGAUGUGGUCGGCCGGCUUCUCGGACUCCAACGUGAACGACGGGUGCACAUACGCCCAGGAGGCGCACGCCAUCCUCGAGUACGGCAGCCCGUGCGCGAACGGGCCCAGCAGCGUGUCGAUCGCCACCACUGCGCCGCUGACGACACUGACUACCUCAACCACCACCAGCGUGCCUGUGACGGGAGUGACGACGACAACGACUACUGCCGCCUCGGGGACUGGCACCCCGCUGGCGGAGUGGGCGCAGUGUGGUGGAGAGGGUUACACUGGUUCGACUUACUGUGAAAGCCCUUACUCUUGUGUGUGCACCAGCGUGUGGUGGUGUCAGUGUGAGUAAGGUAUCAAGCUGGUCUUGUCGGCUCUGAAGGGGGUUUCUCUCCCCCUCCUUUUUAUUAUUAUUAUUUGAUGUUCAUCUGUAUAUCUUUUCCAUUUCAUCUUCGAUUUAUCUUUCUACCAUGUAUAUAUUUACUACAACAUUUCACGUCAUUCGUUAUUACGAGCUAUGUACUACAGGGCUCAGAAGUAGAUACCCAUUCCCUGCGAAGGAAUGUUAUAUCAAUUUUGAUUUUUACAAGUAUGCAAUUUUUCUUCUUCGCUUG